CAGAUUUUAACGUUAAAUCGAGGAGCUAACCUGCACGUGCGCUUUUGAGGAAAAGAAAACAUGUCUGACUGGGAGGAGGACGAAAGUUCCGGAGCCGUGGGGGUCUGCCGCCGUAGCGGCGGAGCUACCGACUUCUGGAACCGGAGAAGCGAAAGAGAGGACGGCCCGCCGAGGGAGCGCCGGGACUAUGCUAAUAAAAAGCCUUCGUCUUGUGUUACAAUGACAGUUGAGAGCGCUUCAGUCGGCAGAGUUAUAGGUCGUGGUGGGGCUAAAAUUCGUGAAUUUGAGGAGCUCAGCGGUGCACGAAUAAAGAUAAAUAAAGGGGACAUUGAUGGAGAAGUGAUCAUCACGGGAUCUUCUGCUGCACAGCAAAAAGCCAAGGAACUGAUUGAAGAGCUUUUGUCUGGCAGCAACUUCCCAUUUGGAAAUGAUUUGGGAAGACGGCAGGACCACAAAGGUGAUGGUAAAGGCUACCGCUCCUCCGUUUGGUCUUCUGCAGCACAUAAAGCAGCAGAAAACGUUCCAGAGCGGCCGCCUAUAGACUGGAACGCCAUCCGGGAGAACAAAGAUAAAUAUGAUGAGAUGAAAUGGAAAGACCUGCCGCCCUUAAAGAAGAAAUUUUACUGCGAGGCAGAGAGCGUGGCCGCACUCACGUUGGAGGAGGUCGCUGAAUGGAGGAAGGAGAACAACAAUGUCAUUGUAGAUGACCUGAUAGAGGGAGGAAAGACGCGGCCCAUUCCUAAUCCUUGCCGCUCCUUUUUGGAAGCUUUUGAGCGCUACCCAGAGAUUAUGGAGAAUAUUGACCGCGUGGGGUUUGUCAAACCAACUCCCAUCCAGUCUCAGGCGUGGCCGGUGUUGCUCAGCGGUGAGGACCUGAUAGCGAUCGCUCAGACUGGAACGGGGAAAACUCUGGCCUACCUGCUGCCGGGGUUCAUCCACAUGGACGGACAGCCUGUACCUCGAGCUGAGCGGGGGGGUCCGGGCAUGUUGGUGCUGACCCCAACCAGAGAGCUGGCCCUGCAGAUUGAGGCAGAGUGCAACAAGUACAGAUAUAAGGGAUACAAAAGCAUCUGCAUCUAUGGUGGGGGGGACAGGAGAGGUCAGAUUAACCUGGUAAAAAGUGGCGUGGACAUCGUGAUUGCAACGCCGGGACGGCUGAAUGACCUUCAGAUGAAUGAGCUCAUCAAUCUUUUCUCCAUCACAUACUUGGUUCUGGAUGAAGCAGAUCGGAUGCUGGAUAUGGGUUUUGAACCACAGAUCAUGAAGAUCUUGCUGGACAUCCGCCCAGAUCGACAGACUGUCAUGACCAGCGCCACAUGGCCCUCCGGUGUGAGACGUUUGGCCAAAUCUUACCUGAAGAAUCCCAUGAUGGUCUACGUUGGCACACUGGACCUGGCAGCUGUUGACACGGUGCAGCAGACUAUCACCAUCGUCAAAGAAGAAGAGAAAAAGGCUUUUGUCAUAGACUUCAUCAGAAACCUGCUACCGCAGGACAAAAUCAUCAUCUUUGCGGGAAAGAAGAUCAAGGUGGAUGACCUGUCCAGUGACCUGUGUUUGCAAGGUCUGGCUGUGCAGAGUCUCCAUGGUGACCGGGAGCAGUGUGACCGAGAGGAGGCCCUCAAAGACUUCAAAAAUAGUCGGGUUCGCAUUCUCAUUGCCACAGAUCUGGCAUCCCGAGGUUUGGAUGUCCACGACAUUACACACGUCUUCAACUAUGACUUUCCUCGAAACAUUGAGGAAUAUGUCCAUCGAGUGGGCCGCACGGGCCGAGCAGGGCGAUCUGGCGCUGCUGUUACCUUGGUAACGAGGGAAGACUGGCGGAUGGCGCCGGAGCUGAUUCCCAUCCUGGAGCGAUCAGGACAAGAAGUGCCGCAUGACCUGGUGCUCAUGGCGGAGAGAUACGAGAAACACAAGAGGGAGAGGAUGAUGUCCAAUCCAAGAGGAGAGGGAGGAAGAGGAAGAAGAGAUGGUGGAGGGGGAAGCAGAAGAGACUGGAAGUUCUAAUUCUCAACAUUUGGUGGAGUGACGGGAAGCUUUCAGUCGCCUCAUGUUUUAUGGACAUUUCUGUUCUUUCUUUUUUUGUUUUUGCCGUUUUUGUUGUUGUUAACUACCUCGUGUUCUUUGUUCUGAAAGGGUGGAUUUUUGAUUAAGUAAAGGAUUUGCUGUUUCAGCAGCAUUGAUUCUUCUAAAUAAAUGUAGUUUCUCUCUAA